GGCGCUCUCCCGGGCGCCUCUGCAGCCCCCCGGCCCGCCGCGGGCCCCCCAGCCCGCAGCCCGGCCCGCAGCUCCCCUGCCGGGGCGCGCCGCCCGGCCCUGUGGCCCGGCCCGGGGGGCUUCCCGCUCCCCCCUUCACCCCGCAGCUCCGGGGCGCCGCUGGCUGCGCCCUCCAACUUUGCCUCCUCGCCCCUCGCCCCCGGGGCGCGCGAACCGGACCCCGAGCGGCCACCCCGGCUCGGAGCGCAGCCCUCUCGUAGAGGAACCUGGGAGCACCGCGGCGGCGGCUGCCUCGACUUCCCCUGCGGACGCGGGAGACGACCCUCGCAGCCGGAGGAGCGGCCGGAGCGCGGCGAGUCGCACCUGAAGUGUUGCUGUGUACGAGUUGGACUCUCACUGACCCGGUGGCUGUGGAUUCUUCUCGUGAUUCAUGAUCCAGGAAACGGGACGUCACCUUUUCCCAUCUUGGCGCUGCCCUCCCAUGACGGCGAGACGAGGUUCUGGCUAGGAGACCCGUGUCCCGAGUUCACGGCCCCCUGCCACCAUGAAGGGCCCCUGCGUCAUCGCGUGGCUGUUCUCGAGCCUGGGCUGCUGGGGACUCGUCCAGGCCGAGGCAGACGCGGCGGGCUGCCAGCGCGCCGAGCACCCCAUCAUUUCCUACAAAGAAAUUGGCCCCUGGUUGCGGGAGUUCAGAGCGAAGGAUGCUGUGGAUUUCUCGCAGUUAACAUUUGACCCGGGACAGAAAGAACUUGUGGUCGGAGCAAGAAACUACCUCUUCAGGCUCCAGCUUGAGGACUUGUCUCUGAUUCAGGCUGUCCAGUGGGAGUGUGAUGAAGCCACCAAGAAGGCCUGCUACAGCAAGGGCAAGUCCCAGGAGGAAUGUCAGAACUACAUCCGGGUGCUGCUGGUGGGCGGUGACCGACUGUUCACCUGCGGGACCAACGCGUUCACGCCUGUCUGCACCAACCGAACGCUGAGCAACCUGACGGAGAUCCACGACCAGAUCAGCGGCACGGCGCGCUGCCCCUACAGCCCGCAGCACAAUUCCACGGCCCUGCUCACGGCCGGCGGCGAGCUCUACGCUGCCACCGUCAUGGACUUCCCAGGCCGAGACCCCGCCAUCUACCGGAGCCUGGGCGUCCUGCCCCCGCUCCGCACGGCCCAGUACAACUCCAAGUGGCUCAAUGAGCCAAACUUCGUGUCGUCAUACGACAUUGGCAACUUCACCUACUUCUUCUUCCGAGAAAACGCCGUGGAGCACGACUGCGGGAAGACCGUGUUCUCCAGGGCCGCCCGGGUCUGCAAGAACGACAUCGGCGGGCGUUUCCUGCUGGAGGACACGUGGACCACGUUCAUGAAGGCCAGGCUGAACUGCUCCCGCCCGGGGGAGCUGCCCUUCUACUACCACGAGCUGCAGAGCACCUUCUUCCUGCCCGAGCUCGACCUCAUCUACGGCAUCUUCACCACCAACGUGAACAGCAUCGCUGCCUCCGCAGUGUGUGUCUUCAACCUGAGCGCCAUCUCUCAGGCCUUCAACGGGCCCUUCAAGUACCAGGAAAACUCCCGCUCUGCCUGGCUGCCGUACCCCAACCCCAACCCCAACUUCCAGUGUGGCACCGUGGACCAGGGCCUGUACGUGAACCUGACGGAACGGAACCUGCAGGACGCACAGAGGUUCAUCCUGAUGCACGAGGUGGUGCAGCCCGUGAGCCCCACCCCCGCCUUCCUGGAGGACAACAGCCGCUUCUCCCACCUGGCCGUGGACGUGGUGCAGAGCCGGGACGCGCUGGUGCACAUCAUCUACUUGGCCACAGAUCACGGGACCAUUAAGAAGGUGCGGGCGCCCGUGUCGCCGGCGGUGGGCAGCUGCCUGCUGGAGGAGGUGGAGCUGUUCCCCGCGCGGCGGCCCGAGCCCGUGCGCAGCCUGCAGAUCCUGCACAGCCACGGCGUCCUGUUCGUGGGGCUCCGCGAGCACGUGGCCAGGCUCCCGCUCAGGCGCUGCCACUUCCACCGCACGCGCAGUGCCUGCAUCGCUGCCCAGGACCCCUACUGCGGCUGGGACCUGGUGAUGAAGAAAUGCACGAGCCUGGAGGAGAGCCUGAGCAUGACGCAGUGGGAGCAGAGCAUCUCCACGUGCCCGACGCGGAACCUCACCGUGGACGGGCACUUCGGGGCCUGGUCUGCGUGGACGCCCUGUACCCACACUGACGGCAGCGCCCUGGGCUCCUGCCUCUGCCGCACCCGCGCCUGCGACAGCCCGGCCCCCCAGUGCGGCGGCUGGCAGUGCCAGGGCCCCCGCAUGGAGAUCGCCAACUGUUCCAGGAACGGCGGCUGGACCCCCUGGACGUCGUGGUCACCCUGCAGCACCACCUGCGGCAUCGGCUUCCAGGUGCGCCAGCGCGCCUGCAGCAACCCCAGCCCGCGGCACGGCGGGCGCGUCUGCGUGGGCCAGAACCGCGAGGAGAGAUACUGCAACGAGCACUUCCUGUGCCCCCCGCACAUGUUCUGGACGGGCUGGGGGCCCUGGGAGCGGUGCACGGCCCAGUGCGGCGGAGGCAUUCAAGCGCGCCGCAGAACCUGCGAGAACGGGCCUGACUGUGCGGGCUGCAGCGUGGAGUACCAGCCUUGUAACACCAACCCAUGCCCAGAGUUGAAGAAGACAACGCCGUGGACACCCUGGACACCCGUCAACAUCUCGGACAAUGGUGGCCACUAUGAGCAGCGGUUCCGCUACACCUGCAAAGCUCGCCUGCCCGACCCCAACCUGCUGGAGGUGGGGAGGCAGAGAAUCGAGAUGCGGUACUGUUCGAGCGACGGCACCAGCGGCUGCUCCACGGACGGCCUGUCCGGGGACUUCCUGCGCGCGGGGCGCUACUCUGCGCACAGCGUCAACGGGGCCUGGUCGGCCUGGAGCUCGUGGUCGCAGUGCAGCCGGGACUGCAGCCGCGGCAUCCGGCAGCGGAAGCGCGUGUGCAACAACCCCGAGCCCAAGUUCGGGGGCCUGCCCUGCCUGGGCCCGUCGCUGGAGUACCAGGAGUGCAACAUCCUGCCCUGCCCAGUGGACGGCAUGUGGUCGUGCUGGUCAUCCUGGUCUACCUGCUCGGCCACCUGUGGCGGCGGCCACUACAUGCGGACCCGCUCUUGCACCAACCCGGCCCCGGCCUACGGAGGGGACAUCUGCCUCGGGCUGCACACGGAGGAGGCUCUCUGCAGCACACAGCCCUGUCCAGAGAGCUGGUCCGAGUGGUCAGGCUGGUCAGCCUGCGAUGCUUCUGGGAUCCAGGUUCGUGCCCGCCAGUGCCUGCUCCUCUUCCCGGUGGGAAACCAGUGCUCUGGGAAUGCCACGGAGAGCCGGACCUGUGUGUUUGAUUCCAACUUCAUCCCAGAAGUUUCCGUGGCCCGAUCCAGUAGCGUUGAAGAAAAGAGGUGUGGAGAGUUCAACAUGUUCCACAUGAUCGCUGUGGGCCUGAGCAGCUCCAUCCUGGGCUGCCUCCUCACGCUGCUCGUGUACACCUACUGCCAGCGCUACCAGCAGCAGUCCCACGACGCCACCGUCAUCCACCCGGUCGCCCCCGCCCCGCUCAACACCAGCAUCACCAACCACAUCAACAAGCUGGACAAGUACGACUCGGUGGAGGCCAUCAAGGCAUUUAACAAAAACAACUUGAUCCUUGAGGAAAGAAACAAAUACUUCAACCCGCAUCUUACUGGGAAGACCUAUUCUAAUGCCUACUUCACAGAUCUCAAUAACUAUGAUGAGUACUAAUAACUCUUCCCAGUGGGAGCUUCCUGGAAUUCCUCAGUACCUGUGCUCCAUGACUGCCCAUGUUUUGGAGAGUUCUGAGAUGAGGUUUGGAUCCAUUUUUAAGUGCAUUUCAAGCCACCUGUGUCCCAUGGCUGCCGAAAAUACACGUCCUUAAAAGCAACAAUAAUCUAAAUAUGGCAUCGUGAAAAAUCUGGUCUGCUAUACUUGAUCAUUGUUGAGUGAACCGUGGUGGGAAGUUGUUUUUUAUUGUAUUGAGUCCAUUUUUCUAACAAGUCCAUUGUUUCCUUGAGCCUUUGAAUCAAUGCACUGCUCCCCUUCUCCACCGGAAGGAGUCUUUAGAAACACGAACGUCAUCUUGCUCUUGAGCGUGAAUCUCAUGAUGUUUGAAUUCAAGAAAAUAGGCACUUUAUCUGAGAAACCUCUCCCUCCACCAGCAGUGCACGGGUCCAUCGGAUUUGGUACGACGAAGACUGUGGGUGGGACCAUACAGUCAUUCCCCCUUGAGAUUUCCUUUCUUCCCAAAUCUGAAUGAUGCUUUGGGAUUCUUGGGAGUGAUCAUCGUGUGUUUGGAUUCGGGAGGAUCCUUAUCAAGGAAGCGUGGGACUCCAAUUUCACCUGCACCUGCAUAAGUGAAGAAAAGUGACAUGAUACGCGCCCCCCUGGGUCUAGAAACCAUUGCCGUGUUAACGCCGGGCCGUGAGCAUGGAGAGCAAAGGCUCUGUCACGACAGAAGAGAAGGUUUUCUGCAGGUUGCUAGAAAGUAGCCUUAUUGGGAUUUGGGGAUAUUACAGGGGACACCCCACCGUCUUCAUGGUCUGGGAGCCCACCUGUCCCCAGUAGCAUCCUGAAGAGCCAGUCUGUAACAUAACCACUUACUUAGCAUUUACAUAGACUCACAUCUCCUUUCUCCUUGCAAAGAAAAAUCCCCAACACCCAGGACGUCCACUGAGACCAAGUAUCUAAAGUACUAACAUUCGAGUAGGAACCAAGUUUAUCUUUCUUCUUCCCGGUAGAAGCCCAGGUCAGCCAUCAGCCCCUACCCAGAGCAUUACUGAUGUGUAAAGGUGGCUUCCUGUGGACCGUUGCUGUACAUACAGAAGUGGUCCCCGGGGUCCUCACUGUCAUUUGCUGCGUCCAGUUCUGGAGAGGGGGUGAUGCUCAGCUCUGGUGCCUUCCGUUUCCUAUCUCAGUGUUGCCUUCCCGCCCACCCCCACCCCAUCCCCCACCCCACCUCCCUGCUCCCAAUGGCUGUCCUGGUGGCAACGGCAUGUCCACCCGUACCACGUGAGAGGGAGGCCAGAGCACCUGGAAAGAAGCCUCGAGAUAGUUCCACAACUCUGAGCAUUGAUCAUUGAUCAGCCAUUGAUCAGAGCGAGGGAGUGCUAAGGGGGCUCCAAAGAAGGGAAAGCAGGAUCUGUUGCCAACAGCGGAUACAUAACUUACAGGCAGGGUUUGAAAGUGAAGAACAAGAGGGAAGAUAUUGACCCGAUGACUGUUCAUUGUGAUCAGGGCCUGAGUGGACAGUGACACAUCCUGGUAUUGAAGUGACCCUUCAGGUCUGUGAGAAGGUGUCAGAAGAGCCCACCCAGUGUAAAGAAACGGCAGUGUCCGUGUUGAGAGACCCCUGUGUCUGGUAGCAAAGAGCACGGAGUUCAGGACGGAGCUCUGCCCUGGAGAGUAAACCCUCUCCUAACGUCGAGGUGGUAACGGAAGGCGACGCUGGCAGCCGUGGGGAUUGCAGAGGCAUGGUGCUCUGGGUCUCUCGGUGGGGGGAUCAAGCCGAGUCCUCAUACAAGGCAGUGUGCGACUGCCCUGUCCCCACCCAGUGUCCACGCCGAGGAGGUGGAACAGAGACAGAUGGCUUUCUGGCGCUUCCUAGUGGGAUUCUCAUCGACUCCUGGGACGGGCCCGUUGCUUUCUUACGUGCCACACUGUAAGAGAAACGUUUGCCAGGAAACACGUUAUAGCUGUUUUGCAUUCACCCUACCCCCACUUCAGUUUUUUCUACACUUACAGGUAAUUUUAUUCCCACUAAGAUUCUGCUGUUUCAGGAAGCAGUGCUGGCUGUGAGGGGAGUGUGGGGAUGCUGUCUGUGGCCCCCCAGCCUCAGUCAGUGACUAGGAAACACUUGGUCCCAAAAAAGAUUCACAUGUUGUUGAUGACAUAUCUCUGUGAGAUAAAUGUGCAGAAGGUUCUCUGCACAGGAAUCCUCCCCACUACCCCCCCCCCCCAACACCACGCUCCAUUCCAUGGAAAACUAUUUAGACUGGCCUUGCCCACCCUUCGCCUUGUUUAACAGAUUAUGAAACAGUUUAGAAUAAUUCUAGCUAUAUUCUAAGUAUCAUAACCACUGACAGGUAGCUUGCUUUUGUGUGACUACGGUCACGUAUGCAUCCAGCACCUCCAUAAUCCCCCACCAGACGUUCUUCACAGAGCAGCUCUUCUCUAAGUCAGAAGUUUGAAAUUCCUGCUGAAAUCUUGCUGGUCCUACUCAUGUUUCUGAGUACCUUUAUUCAUUCUCUGUCUUUUUUCUUUCCUUCCUUCCACUUUCUUUUGCUCCUCUUCGCCUCUCCUCAUCUAUCUCUUUUCUCCUUUAUCUCUCUCUCUCUCUCUCUCUCUCUCUCUCUCUCUCGUCCUUAGUUCACAUGGCACAAUUAUACUCUAGAGUUUUAAGCUGUGCCUCUUUGCCAUCGAACGGCAAUGAUUAUGCAUUGAUUUCUAGGGUUAUUUCUGGAGGUAGGUGGAGGUGGAUUUUUCCCUAGGAAAUUUGCUUUAGUUUCACACUUGAACCCAUGCUGUGGUCCCUGUGUAGUGCGUGGUCCUAUUUCUAGUUGAGGGAUGAUGAGCAUUAACCCAGGGGACACAGUUUACAGGGAGAAGAACGUGUCCCCUGAGCAUGGCACGCAGCCCGCCUGAUCACUCUCUGCUGUGAUGAGGCAGGCUUUGGUGGACCUGGGAGCUGGUCACCCCUAAACAGUAUCACACCACUCUGGGCGCCACAAGGUGCUCUGGAAAGACUGGGUCAUAAGACCCAUCAUAUGGGUCAGAGACCUGUAGCCAGGGUUCCACUGGCUCCUACAUGACACCAACAGAGAAGGAAGCCACCGCGUGAGGUCAGAUGGGUCAGAGAUUACAAAGAAGGGAGCCCAGUCAUCCCAGUCCAAGCAUGACCAAUGACCCAAGUUGGAAUCUGGGAUCUCUCUGCACAGUUCCCGGGAUCUGUGAUCCAUAUUCCAUAGUUCCAGGAUCCCUGAUCUUUAUUUACAGUCUGGAGAUCUGUGAUCUAUAUAUACAGUUCCAGGAUCCAUGAUCUAUAUGCACAGUUCCCAGGAUUCAUGAUCUAUAUAGAGAGUUCUGGAGAUCCGUGACCUAUGGACACAGUUCUGGGGAGGUUUAUCUUUGGAUUUUUCUGGGAUCUACUGGAUCAGUGGGUUGACAUUUCAGCAGAGGGUGUCCCAUUUCCUUACUCUCCCCUGGGUAUCAAAACCAUGGUGUUUCUCUUGGAUUGAUUGGUAGAAUCGAUGUACCAGAUCCUCUUUGAAGCUAUAGACAGAGCCUUAUCCCAGGGAAUCCUUUGUGCCCAGGGACCCUACUCACACAUCUUAAUAUCUUCUGUCGACGUCAAAGGAGAGGCACUUUGUCCUGGGGUCACCCAACUCAGAGUAUGUCAUUUCUUUCUCUAUUCAUGAGCCUCUUUCCCCCUCCCCGCUCCUGCCCCAUCCCCUCCUAUUUUUGAAAUAAACUGAUUUUAAAACUCCUUUUCUCAAGUUCUAGUUCCAACUGGAUUCCUUCUUAUGUGAACCCCCUCAGUGCACACUGGUUGUUGUUGGGGUUGUACAUGUUGGUGCUUCCUUGUAGCUUUUCCCUCAUUUUUCAGGAGCAUUUCGUGUGAAACCACUUGCAGCAUUGACUCUUCACCAUGUCAUUGGCUUGGAUCAGUCUCAGUUGUCCUUCCCACACCAGUGUUUCCUCGUGUAGGGCGAGUUGGUUGGGACGGCUCCCAUGAAUUCAUCAUUUUCUCUCCAAAGGGGGACCUGGGACACCUCCCUAUAGAUAUCAGACACCAGUCUGGGUGCCAGGGAAGGAGUGUGUCUCAGAGCAGUGGUCCUCGUGGGGGCUGUGCCCCAGGUCUACUAAGCGAGAGAUGACCAAGACUCGAACAACUCGUGUUAACUGUCUUCUCUCUCCAGUGAAACUAACUGAAUUUCUCAGACAUCCUUUCUUUGCUCAGCACCCCUUCCAGUAUCUCCACUGUUUCGUGGUGAUUUAGAUGGACUCCGUUGUUGCCAAGUGUGGUGGUGUGCAGCAGUGACCCAUGUUUACCAAUUAUGGGGCUCUAGAGGGUCACUCAGCCUCCUGCUUCUGGUCACUGGCCGUGAAAUGGGGAUUCCUCAGGCAUCAUCCACUCUGACCUGAGAAAAGCACAGAAGGGAAUGGCAAAUAUUGCAUAUUGUGGUGCCACAUUUAAAAAAUAUGGAAACCAGAGACCAUUGUGGAUUUUAUUUAUGCUUUUCUUCCCUAUUGAAAUCAUUAGUAGUAAUUGAUUUAAAUACCUUUAUGAAAUUGUGACCCAAUAGAUGAUGUAUUUUGCUAACCUGAUGAUACUCAGGAAAUGUAUGUUUUGCUUUAAUCCUGCUUCUUUUCUCUUUUGAAAACUGAAAUGUAAUGGAACAAGAUGUAAUGUUGGAUUACUGGCCAGCAAUUCUAAAAUAAUUACCACAUACUCCUUUUCAAAUGAACUUGUAUUAAAAAUAUGUUAUGCGUAUUUGGGGGAACAGAUGGAUGAAAGAUUUUUCAGUUAUCCUAUAUUGUAUUAUAAAAAUGGACAUUCCAUGACAGAAGUAUCAAAAACGGAAGACCUGUUCUUUUUCAAAAAUAGAGCUCAGUCUUUGGAGAGUCAUUGAAACAAAAAUUCAGAGCCUGGCACAGAGUUAGCAGAUCUAGUGAAAGCUGUCACACAGAGGGAUUCCCAGAGAUUGCAUUAGGCCUCCUGUAGAAAGCAGUAAAACUGAUUACUUAUGACCCAGUCAGUACCUAUUUUCAUCUGACAGAUAUUUUACUUCAUUGACAUGAUGGGGGCAGCUAUUCAAGGAUGCCUGAUGACCUCCAAGGGGGAGAGGAAAGAAAAAAUGCUAUCUUUGUCAGUCCUUAGAGUAGCACACAGGGCAGUCAAUCCAAUUUAUUCCAUGUUUUCAUAUUCAGUCUGGACGCCCAUGUUUUAACAUCUAACAUUUAACAUUUAAAACCAAUAGUUUUAACAUGACUGUUCAUCCUUAGUAUUUUUGAUUAUGAUGACAGUGCUGCAAAUAUUAGAGGAAUGGUAGUUCAAAUUCGAGAUGAAUACUAACCGGGAGCAAAGUCUGGACUCUGGAAAGAUCCCAGCUCCCCUUCUGUCGUGUCAUGAGAGAGCAUUGUUGGCCACCCUCUGUGUGUGCCGUUUCUUCUGUAGUCAAGUUGCCAGUGCCUUGUUUGAGAUGAUAAGUAUCAUUUCAUCUGGCUCUUGGUGGGUUGUGAUUCCAAGCAGGAGACUGAUUGGCUGUCCGUUGAGGAACAUCAUUCUCACCUGCCUCUUUUGAACUCAGGAAUGAACACAAAAGCAGCGCACAUCAUUGUGGAAGUGAGUUUGACCCCCAGUGGGGAGGAUGGCUGUGAUGAAGGACUCAGUCUAGGGAAGCCAGUUUCCAGCAUCCAGCCACCAACAUAGCUAUCAUCUCAUGUGUCCCCACAGAUUCCCCAGAAUCUGGUCUGUAGCGAGAAUGUCAUCGCGAUGUCUGUAAGUGCUUCAGGGUUUUGUUAUUGUCCUUCGAUGGGCAAGUCUUGAAUAUCCUUUCGGGAGAUCAUGACAGGCCUCGGACGACAGACACAGGUCUGGGAGGGGAGUGAGAACCACCCCCUACAUCCCCUUUUCUUCCUUUGAGUCGGUGUCAAGCAGUGUCACAUGUUCGCAGAGCCCUCACUCUUCAUUAAGAAUGAGAGCAUUAACCGGAGUUUCUUCCUACACUCAUUGCUUUCCCCAUAUACCAUGACUGUUGACCCAAAUGGGCCUUGGAUUCUGCAUUUCUGGAAGAAAGCACAGUAUGAACUUCAGUUCAAGUUCCCACAUCUGUCACCCAAACUGCAUCAUCUUUCCCCCAAAUGCACAAACAUGGUCCAAUAUGUGAUUCUUGAAAUGUGUGGAGCAAAAUUUGCCUGCUCAUGCCACCUAAUGUAAUUUUUACAGCUGUUCCAAAAUGUCAUAUGCCCUCUGUGUUAAUUUGCUGUUGCUGUUUUGUGAUACAAAAUAAACUGAUUUGCGAUUGUUUCUUUUUUAAUUUUAAUUGAACCUUCCCCCAAACCCCAACUUCUCCAAAGUCUCAUGAUAGAAAGUUACUGGCCUUAAAAUUAAUUUUUAAAAGACUAUAUUUGAAUCAUCGUGGAGCUUCUUUCGAAGGAGAUAGCAUUGCUCUUUGAAGGAGAACAUAGAGCUUGGUUGCCUGGUUGCCUUGGGAUUGCUGUGUUUCUUCCCGGGACAGUGGACUUACCACACAUGUUUUCAGUUCUUAUAUUUGAUUUUCAAGACUUCCCUCAGAGCCUUGUUGGAAAGGUACAACACAAUUUCCAGUAGUCUUCACUCUCUAGUGUUUUCUGUCAUCUGCUCCGUGAUCUCAGAUGCUCCUUGGGAGUUGUCCAACUCUGCAUCUGAGAACACCCUUUAGAGAUGUCGUGCACUGACGGUUUGCAGUCAGCCGAGGACACCAGGGACAGCUGUCAGGGCAGCCAGCUCACUGCCUGUUGCAGUGCUUCCAUCACAGAAGUUUGGAGAAGGCACAGGCCCGUGGGUGUGCUGGGCGUGGGGGAGCCCACCAGUUAGCAGAAGCCCACUCGUCCCUUUUCCAAACUCCAACUCCAAGAAGAACGCUCCUUUAAAUGAUAGUACAAGCAGCUCGGCUGUGGCUGCAUUGAGAUCGUGGUGCUCCCGCACUGUUCUUGGAGGUGCUCCUCUCUAGGCCCCAGGGCGCUCUUCGGCCUCUUCUUCAAAAAAAAUCAAGAAAUUCACAAAGAGCGAGCCGACGAACAGUGCAGCAUCCUGCUCUCAUAGCCACUCCCUCUCCACCAUCUCUCCCUCUCUCUGCCAACCUUUUUUGGGAUAAAAUAAGAGAAUUCUGAUGAUGUACAGAGUAUAAAUUGUAUUAUAUUUUUUGUACUUAUGUUUUAUGUAAAUAGUUGUCUCAUUCUAUUGUAUGUGAGCAGUGAAAUAAACCCUGUCAUUUAGGA